AUGCGCGCAAGCCUUGUGGAGAUCAUGAUGGAAGCUCUCUAUGCGAAGGCCGCGACACUUCCAAUGAGAGCUAGUCCAAAGCAGCAGGAGAAAGCUAACUUCAGGAGAUCGAAGCAGCAAAGGAUGAAGUGGAGAGGGGGGAAGAAGAGGAAGAGGAAGAAGAAGAAGAAGAAGGAGAAAUCAAGGGAGAAUGGAGUAGAUAAAAGGAAGCUUGGUGUUUUUUUAGAGUGGGAAAAAGAAAUCCCUAAGUUGACUGAACCGGCGACGAGGACCGUAACCGCUCGUGACAAUACCGCCGCCCGUACGCAUUCGGGACGCUCUGACUAG